AUGGAAGCGCAUCACGCUUCGCUAGGCCGGCGAACGUUGGAGGAGAUAAGACAAAAGAGAGCAGCGGAGAGAUUAAGCAAAGCUUCAUCUGGUCCAGAUCUAACCAAAGUUUCAAUCUCUAAUGAUAAUGUUGGAAUCAGAAAAUCUGAUAGUGGAAAUCGACUCUCCGAGACGGAUGUGAGUGGUUUAGUAUCUCAGCUGAAAGACCUACAGAAAAGGAAUGCACAUUUGGAGGAAAGCAACAGCAUCUUAUCCUUAAAGCUCCAAACAAAGGAUGUUGAGAAUGAAACGCUUCAGAAGCGAUUAAAUGAUCUGGAACAAAAUACUGUACCAUCUUUAAGAAAAGCACUUAAGGACGUAGCUAUGGAGAAAGAUGCAGCAGUUGUUUCACGGGAGGACCUUUCAGCCCAGCUUCGCACACUUAAGAAACGUCUAAAGGAAGCUGAAGAAGAACAAUACAGAGCUGAGGAAGACGCAGCAGCCUUGAGAGCGGAGUUAAACACAAUGCAGCAACAAGCUAUGACUAAUCAAUUUGGCGGAAUAAGCUCUAUAAGCAUUUCACACGAUCAAGUGCAAAGCUUGGAAAAGGAAUUGACUGGCUUAAAAACAGAAUUGCAGCAAGUGUCGUUAUUGAGGCAACAAGAGCAAAAACGAUUACUGGAGGAGCAAGCCCGGAUUUCUUCCCUCACGUCUGAAAAGCAGGAGUUGGUUGAGAAACUUGCAGCUCUAUCCAGAAUGGUCUCAGAAGUAUCAGAAAAGGGGGUCCCUAAGGCCUUUACAGUGGAAGAGAAGGAGAAACUUGAGAGGCAGUUGCAUGAUAUGGCUGUAGCAGUUGAGCGGUUGGAAAGUAGUAGACAGAAACUUCUAAUGGAGAUUGAUUCCCAAUCUUCAGAGAUAGAGAAGCUUUUUGAGGAAAACUCUAUUCUUUCAUCUUCUUGUCAAGAGGCCACAAGCAUAGCAAAACAGUGGGAGAAUCAGUUGAAGGACUGUCUUAAGCAAAAUGAAGAACUUCGUGCAAUUCUUGAUAAGUUGAGAACAGAACAGGUUAGUGUUCUGUCAAAUGAUAGGGAAAUCCUGAGAGGCUCAGCUGAAAAACACAUAGAUGGUGUAACCGAGACUGGUUCACAAGCAUAUGCAACUGAAAUUUUCUCGCUCAAGGGCCAACUUGCUAAAGAACAGAGCAGGGCAGAAGCAUUAACAGCAGAGGUCAUGCAGCUAUCAGCAAAACUGCAACAAGCCACACAGGCAUAUAAUGGUCUCGCACGCCUCUAUAAGCCAGUGCUUCGGAACAUUGAGAGCAGCCUCAUCAAAAUGAAGCGAGAUAGCUCUAUGGUUGUGCAGUGA